AUGGCGGACAUGGAGGGGGCCCACGAGAAGGGGCCAAGCCACCGCCGCCAGCCGGCCGCGGCGCCUGCAGCAGCCGCGGCAGCCGUAGAUGGCCCGCGGAGAAUCUUCUCCUCCCGCGAGGCCGCAGCGCCGGAAAGGGGUUGGGCCACGGCGGACACGAGAGAAGGAUGUUGGAGAGCUGGUCCUCUGCUGGAGUAUGAAAGGAGAACGACAUCAGGGGAGCUAGUUGAUGGCGACAGUUGCCAGGUAGGCACCCUUAGAAUGCUGCAAAGACUUUAUGAACAGCUGAUUGAGCAUGAAGGUAGCUGUCAGUUGGAUAGAUACAAAGCAUCCUGAGAAAAACGGGAGGAGGAGGUGGUUAUGUCACGUCUCAUUCCCCAGUCUUCAUAUUCACCAGUCAAAGGCCUUUACCUUUACGGAGGAGUAGGCACUGGAAAGACGAUGCUUAUGGAUUUGUUUUAUGAUCAAUUGCCAUGUAACUGGAGGAAGAAAAGAAUCCAUUUUCAUGAUUUCAUGCUGAGUGUACAUAGUCGCCUACAGAUGCAUAAUGGGGUAGCAGAUCCACUUGAAGUUGUUGCAGGAGAGAUAUCAGAUGAGUCAAUUCUAUUAUGUCUUGAUGAAUUCAUGGUGACUGAUGUUGCUGAUGCUUUGAUACUGAAUCGUCUUUUUCGGCAUUUGUUCGCCAAAGGCGUUGUUCUUGUUUCUACUUCAAAUCGUGCUCCAGAUCAGCUUUAUGAAGGUGGUUUACAGAGGGAUCUAUUUUUGCCCUUCAUUGAAACCUUGAAGGAAAGGUGUGUAGUGCAUGAAAUUGGCUCUUCAACAGAUUAUAGAAAAUUGGGUUCGGCUGGGGAGGGUUUUUAUUUUGUUGGAAAGGUGUACUCUGAACUUCUUAAACAGAAGUUCUAUGAGUUAAUCGGGCAGGAAAUACCUGGCCCACAAGUUGUGGAAGUUGUUAUGGGAAGACAAUUGCAGGUCCCACUGGGAGCUAAUGGAUGUGCAUAUUUUCCCUUUGAAGAUCUUUGUGACAGACCUUUGGGGGCAGCUGAUUAUUUUGGAUUGUUUAAAAAAUUUCAUACACUGGCAUUGGAAGGAGUGCCAAAGUUCGCGCUCCAUAACCGGACUGCAGCUUAUCGGUUUGUCACCUUAGUUGAUGUGAUGUAUGAGAACAGGGCUAGAUUGUUAUGUACAGCCGAGGCAUCUCCAGUUGAAUUAUUUGAAAAAAUUGCGACUGUGGCUGAUGCCCAAAAGAUAUCUCCAAGAACUUCUUCUAGGUCGCAGAAAAGGGAUGAUAUUGAUCUUUGUGUGGACAAUGAACUUGGAUUUGCUAAGGACCGCACAAUUAGUAGAUUAACAGAGAUGAACAGCAAGGAGUAUUUGGAACAGCAUGAGGCCAACUUGCAGAACAAGGCCUCUCAGAAUGUAGAUGAGAAGGGCGAAGCCUUGCAAGCAUGACAACUUGCUCUAACUUAAUUAUUUAUAAUGUUCUUAUAAGACGAGGCCACCCCAGUCAGUUCAGGAGAAUUUUAAAUCAAUAAUGCACCAUGGGCCUCAGGUCAGCAGAGGCCUAAUCUGUACACCCCGAAAAAUCUAUUUUUUUCAGAGUUGGGAGGGGGUUAAUACCGCACGUCAUUUCUAUGAAUAAAGAAAACAUUUAUUGCCAUAAGAAAUUUUUCUAUUUGGUCA